AUGGACAGAAGGUUGUUUGAAGCUGCAUGGGGUGGAGACCUUAUCGUCUUAAAGAGGCUAGCGAAUGAAGAUCCCCGAAUCAUACACUCCUCGUCGUUAAUAGGCAACGACAACCCGUUGCAUAUUGCUUGCAUGACAAGUCACCUCGGUUUUGUGAAAGAAUUGAUAAAGUUGAAGAGAAAUCUUGCAUAUGAUCUUAAUGCGGACGGCUUGAGCCCACUCCAUAUUUCAGCAGCAAAUGGUGACUUCAAUAUCUUGAAGGAACUUUUGAGUAUCAACAAAGAUGCACUACAUAUGGUUGAAGGGAAAGACCGACGCAUCCCUCUUCAUUACACAGUUAUUAAAGGUCGAUUGAACAUAGUGAAGGAGUUGAUUGCGAUUGAUCCUCAAUCCAUAGAGGUGGCUACCGCCGAUCGAGGUGAGACUGUUCUCCACCUAGCAUAA